AACCCACAACAUAAUAAUAAAAGUCUCUCUGUGAAAUCGAUUUUCAGACCAAGUCUGUAGUUCACACCUUAAAAAAAGCUAAGCUUUUUUCCUCCUUGUGCGUGUGUGUUUUUUUUAAGGUGGGCAAAAUUUCGGUCAAAAUUGGUCCUCUUUCGAGCUGGUGCUCAAAAAUGGGCUGUGCUAUGAGUGCAGAGGAACGAGCUGCCCUGGCCCGGUCCAAACAGAUUGAAAAAAAUUUAAAAGAAGAUGGUAUUCAAGCCGCUAAAGAUAUUAAACUGUUAUUAUUAGGGGCCGGAGAAUCUGGUAAAAGCACAAUCGUUAAACAAAUGAAAAUUAUUCAUGAUAGUGGUUUCACUCAAGAAGAUUUCAAACAAUACAAGCCGGUUGUCUAUUCCAAUACCAUCCAAUCCAUGGUAGCCAUAUUACGAGCCAUGCCUAAUUUAGGAAUAUCAUUUGGUUCCUCUGAACGUGAAUCGGAUGCGAAAAUGGUGUUUGAUGUUGUUUCUCGGAUGGAAGAUACCGAACCUUUUAGUGAAGAAUUACUUGCUGCAAUGAAACGCCUUUGGAUCGAUAAAGGAGUCCAAGAAUGUUUUGGUCGGUCCAAUGAAUAUCAGCUCAAUGAUUCGGCUAAAUAUUUUCUCGAUGAUCUUGAUCGUUUAGGACAAAAGGAUUACAUGCCAACGGAACAAGAUAUUUUACGAACUCGGGUAAAGACAACCGGUAUCGUUGAGGUUCACUUUUCCUUUAAGAAUCUUAACUUUAAGCUUUUCGAUGUGGGUGGACAAAGAUCGGAAAGGAAAAAGUGGAUCCAUUGUUUUGAAGAUGUGACCGCAAUUAUAUUCUGUGUUGCCAUGUCUGAAUAUGAUCAGGUUUUACAUGAAGAUGAGACAACUAAUCGGAUGCAGGAAUCGGUUAAACUAUUUGAUUCCAUAUGUAACAACAAAUGGUUUACCGAUACCUCAAUAAUAUUGUUUCUCAACAAGAAAGAUCUUUUCGAGGAGAAGAUUAAAAAAUCCCCGCUAACAAUAUGCUUUCCAGAAUACACGGGAGCCCAAGAGUAUGGUGAAGCCGCGGCCUACAUCCAAGCCCAAUUCGAGGCUAAAAACAAGUCAACCACCAAAGAAAUUUAUUGCCAUAUGACCUGUGCUACGGAUACUUCCAACAUUCAAUUUGUUUUUGAUGCUGUUACCGAUGUCAUUAUAGCCAAUAACUUGAGAGGAUGUGGUCUUUACUAGUCCAAAUUAUUGAAUAAACAACACACACAUACAACAAAAUAUAAAAACACUCACAACAACAACACACUCACCCCCCACCAACACACUUCUAAAUUACUACUAAUCAACCCAAAGGAGCAACAAAGAAACAAUUGAAACAAAAAUUAUUACAAAUCAACCAACAACCUUUACACCAACAAUUAUAUAAAUAUUAUUAUAUAUACAUGGAGGAUUUACCUGACUACUGAAACUUAAUCAAGUCAAAUUAAUUAACUCUAUCUCUCUCUCUCUCAACCUAAUUGAAAAGAAGUGAAAAAAAUGGAAAACUUUAAGUUCACAUCUAAAGUCAAACAUCACCAAAGAAGAAGAGGAUAAGAAAACGGAUACGGAAGAGAAGGUGUUGAGUUGAAAAUUAUUCGAAAGUAAAGGAGGAGAAAAGGAUGGAGAUAAGGAGAGAAGAGGAAGAGAGAGAGAGGGAGAGGGAAUUGGUGGCGGAGGGGAAAGAGAAAGAGAGACCAGAAACCCAUGGAUGGCGAUGAAAAUAUUCGCAGUGGAUGAUGAUAAUUAGGAAGGAGAAUAAUAUUUAGCGAGCCAAUUUCUUCAGAAGGAGAUGGAAGAUGAGGAGAAAUUGAAGCAGAAAGAGAAAAAAUUUCAAGGUAAGAAAGAUGAAGAAGAUAAAAGAUGAAAACAAAAAGAUGAACCUUAAGAUGAUAAAGGUAAUGGUUAUGAUGGAAGGUGGAAAAGAUGAAGAAAAACAAGGAGGAAAAGGAAGAUACUCUAAACGCGAUGGUGAAAGAUGAGGGAUGCGAAAUGUUACAUCAGGGAGUGAGAGAGAAAGUAAAGGAUAAAAUGAAGAUAAAGAUGAUGAAAGAAAAGGGUAGAAGAUGAUGAAGCAAAUGAGUUAAAAAAAUGAUGAAAAAGAAAACAAAUAGUACGAGAAAAAAAGACAUGCACAGUCAUAGAGUCACACAGAGAACCACCUCCUCCUUUUCCUCCCUUCAUCUUCAUCUCUCUCUCUUAUCAUCAUUCGGUUUCCACUCUCUCUCCUCGAAAUCCCACUCCCACUGUCUUCUCUCUCUCUCUUCUCUCUUCUCUGUCUAUUCUUUGUAUACUUUUCAUUUCCUAUUUCCCAUUACACUCACACUUUCACCCUCAUGCAAAGACUCAUUCAUAUACUUUCAGAGUAAAAUUUUGCUCCCCAAUUAAACUCCCUUUUUGUUGAACAACUACUUUUACCUUUUCUCAUCAUCAUCAUUAUUAUUAUUUCAUUUUAUCAUCAUUAUCUUUAUUAUUAUUAUUAUUAUUAUCAUCAUCAUCUACUUUUUGCUUCCUUCCUUCCGUGUUGUUAUCACCCUCUUACCUUUUUCAAUUCCUUACCAAUUAAUCAAAUUUAGUUCUGAUCAUGUUUCUGAUUUUUUGUUGUUACUUUUAAAAAGCAACAAUUAUCAUCUUAUUUUUCAUUACCUGUUGGAUACAACAAGUGAUCAAAAUCUUAUAAUCAACUCCCUGAUGAUCUGAUUUCUCCCUCCUUGGCAUUGAAAGAACAAAAAUUUUCUAAUCUCUAUCACUUUUAUCUUCUUCUUCUCUCUUGUUUAUCUUAUUGUUUCUCUUUCUCUUUCUCUCUCACUCUCACUUUCUAACUGUAAAUCUUAUAUUAUAUUUAAUAAUACAUAAGGAUAAUUGUCUCUCUCUUUCUGCUCCCUUUUAAUAUGGAUCAGCAUGGAAACUUAAUUGUAUUCCGAUAACAAAUCAAGUCUGAAAGUAAAUUCAGAUUGAAUAAUGUUGAGUCAUUAACUCUCUCUCUCUCUCUUCUCUCUCUCUCUCACUCUGUGGAUCAUCAUACAAAUUCAUCUUUGUCAAUGUCAUCAUCAUCUCACAAUAAUCAUCAUCCCCAUUAUCAUCAUUUUUAUCAUCAAAAAAGAAACAAACAAACAUUUAAAACAUCAUCAUCACUGUUGUCAUCAUCUGCAUCACCAUCGUGAUCAUCAUAUGUUUAUCAUCAUUUGAAAGAGAAAAAUGAUCAAGAAUCUUUCUUCAUUAACUUUCUUUUCUCUUCUCAAUCAAUCUUACCUUGGAUUAUAAUGUUUGAAAGUCUUUUAACAAUUGUCUCACAAUUUAAAGUGUAAUCUCAACACAAAAUCCUCUCUCUCACCUCCUCUUACAUACAAGAUGAUGAAUUCAUAACUUGGGAGGUAAAUUAAUCAAGACUUUUAUCAUCACAUCGUCAUCGAUAUCAUCGUGUGUGUAUUGAUGAUAUAUUAUUAUGGUUAACAAAGAAACAAAAUUAACAACAUUCUCCCUCCCUCUUUCUCUCUCUCUCUCACACAAAUCAACAAACAUUCAGCCAUCAACACAACAACAACAAUAAAUCAACAAGGAAACAAAUAACAGCAAACAAGCAAAAUCAUUCUCACCGUAUAUAUAAAUACACUGUUUUGGAAACUCUGUCGAUUCUUUCUCUGUCUUUCUUGCUUGUAAUCUUUUCAAUUUUUAACUGAAUCUUUUUGAAAUUUUAUUCUGAGCUAUUCUUUCACUUUCUCCCUCCUCAUGCUCUCUCUCUCUCUCUCUCUCUCUCUCUCUCUCUCUCUAUCGUUCUCUCGCUCUUUUACCUUUUUCUUCUGAAGAUUCCAAUUCCUAUUUAAUUCCAAAUUUCUUUUGCUUCUUCUCGAACUUUUUUUUGUCAAUCAAUUGAUUUGCUUCUCGCUUCUCAAAUGGUUUCUCUCUUUUAUGUAUUAUCUCAGUUUCCAUCUCAUCAUCUUCAUCCUCAUCCUCAUCAUUAUCAUAUAAUCAUCAACAUCUAUUUAUUUUUCUGUUAAUUCUGGUCUAUCUCUCUUUCUAAUUAACUCUUUUCUCAUUUUUAUUUACCGUUAUAUUUUCCUCUCUCUUUGUCUUCUUCUUCUUUAUUGUAUUGAGUGUUUUCUCUCUCUCUCUCUCUCUCUCUUAUCUCCAUCAUCAUUUUUAUUCUAAAACCUUUUAAUCAUAUGUCACACCCAAUCUUCAUCAACUUUUUAUUUUCUGCUUCGCUAUUCUCUUUUCUCCUUUCAGGGAGUCUUUCUACUCUCUCAUAACCCAUCAGAUUUUUUUUCUAUCAUUAUUAUUUAUUAAUUAAUCUAUUUCCUUUUCCUCUUCUCUUCUGCCGCAUCAAUAACAUCAACAUUUGUUUUCUAUUUUGUCAAUAAAAACAAAUGCUCUCUGUUUCUGUCUAACCUCAUCAUUCCAUCAUCUUCUCUCUCUCUCUUCCUCAUCCCUCGAAAAUUGCAAACAAAGUCUCUCUCUUCUCUCCUUUUCUUCCUCUUCUCUAACAUAAACACACUAAAAAUAAAAACAAAA